AAAUGAAUAUUAAUGAGUCCGCUGAUUAAAUAUUCAUAUAUUCAUCUGUCGCAGAGUUAAAGAAUAAUUACCUCAUUUAAAUAUUCAAUUUCUAAUGGCGGGAAAAGUGAGCGCUCAGUUCCGGAACACAUUGGUUCCGCUUGUGUUUCCAGUCGGACACAUGAACAUGAAGCAGACGGUUUGGGCUCGAAGCUUCAUCCGGUUUGUUUCGUGAUUAAUUAUGUUAAUGAGCUGUUAAUUAGUGCUCGGUUCGGUUCGGCCCGGUCCGGCUCGGCUCUCCGCUCCACAUGGACCCGGUCCACAAAGAUCUGCUGCGGGCUCACCGUCUGGAACUGUCCGGGCAGCUGCUGGUCACCGACACGAUCGUUCCGCUCUUGUUUCAGGAGGACGUUUUAACGGAGGCGCACGUGCAGCUCAUCGAGGCUCAGCUGACCGACCGGAAGCGGACCCUGAAGCUGCUCGACCUGCUUCCGGCCCGCGGGCCACGCGCUUUCCACGCCUUCAUCCGGGCCCUGGACGAGUACAGCUGGGUCCGAGACAGACUGCUGCUGGACCUGCAGACUGGACCGGGACCGGGACCGGGACCGGGAACGGGACCAGGACCAGGACCGGAACCGGAACCAGGACCAUCAGGUGUCUGCCGACUUCCUGACUCGGUUCUUCAGAAGGUUCCUUCGGAUCGGGAGUUGUCCCGGCUGGCAUCCCGGCUUGGUUCUGAAUGGGAGUCGGUCCUGUUGGAUCUGGGUCUGUCCUCGGAGGAUCUGUACCGGUGUCGGUCCGAUCACUCUCUCAGCACUCAUGGGGCGGUUCUAGCCGGCCUGGUCCAGUGGCGACGAAGUGAAGGGAAGAAGGCCACGGUGCAGAGGCUGGUCCAGAGUCUGAUGGCUGCCGAAGUCCAUCCAUCGGUUCUGGAAGAAGUUCUGAUGUGACGGAGGAGAACUCAGCACCCAGACCAGAACCAGAACAGAAACAUUCAAAUCAUUCAAACGACUUUUUGUUUCUUUACAUUUAUUAACGAGUUCUUAGAAAGAAAGAAAGAAAGAAA